CCAUAGCAACAUUUGUUGGUUCGUUCGCGACUGUUAUCCGGCCGUACCGCUGUUAAUCAUCUCAUUUUAGGCCCCUAAAUUAAAUGUAAAAUGAGUUCUCACGAGGAAGAGGAGGAUACUGGUCCAUCUGUAGAUUCUACUGAUCCUGAAGAACGUAUAGCUGCGAGAAGGCUAAGGAUAUCAAAAAGAAUUGAAGCAGCCAGAAGGGAGAAACUUGGUGAGGACCCUGGUGCAAAGAAAAAGGAGGACAAAGAAGAAGCUAGCAAGAGUAGAAAGCAAAUUGAGGAAAGCAGACAGAGGUUAACUAAACUUCAAAGCCAUGGAAGUGAGUUGGUUACCAAUGUUCGGGUUGCUGCAGAUUCCCGGGAAGCACAAAGAAGAGCAGAAGAAGAGGAGACGCAGAGGCAACGAGAUGAAAAGCUUGAAGCGGAGGCAAAGGCUGGAAUGGAAAGGUUUGAGGAGAUCACAAAGCGCUGGGAACAAGCCAAUGGAAGAGACAUACCACAAGAGCUUCAUGAUAUUUUGAUGCAACAGAAGGCUCUUUGUGAUGCAAUGAUUGAUGAGAAGAACAAACUCAUCAAUGAUUUUCAAAUGGAACUCAAGUCUCAAGAUGACCAGUAUGUGAAAGAUUUGAAGAAAGAAGCCGAGGAUAUUGAUUUAAUGAUAGAGAGAAUGGAAGAACAGGUCAAGAAUCUCAUGAAAGCCUACAGAGAUGAACUCAAACAGAUUGAAAAAGCCUUUGAGACAGAGAGAGAAGAACUGUUAGAGAAUAACAAGCGUAAGUGGGAUCAAGCGAUGGGAGGAAGAAGGGACCAGGAGCUGGAGUACAUGCAUCAGAGGGAGAAGAGAGUAGAAGAAUAUGAACAACAAAUACAGCAUCUUAGGAUCCAAGAUGCUGAAGAAUACAACAUGGUCAAGAUCAAACUGGAGACUGAUGUGCAGGUACUUGAACAGCAAUUGCAGCAAAUGAAAGCUACUUACCAGCUCAACCAAGAGAAGCUAGAAUACAACUUUCAGGUCCUCAAAAAGAGAGACGAAGAAAACACUAUUACCAAGUCACAGCAGAAAAGGAAAAUUACUAGGUUACAAGAUGUAUUGAAUAACUUGAAGGUGAAGCUAGCUAAACAGGAGAAACAAUAUAAAGAAGAGAAUCAAGGAUUGGCCGAUGAUUACAAGAGGAUCACAGAACAAUUUAAGGAACUACAGAAGAAAUCAAAACAUUUCCAGUCAACUGACACAAAGAAGUUCCAUGAUAUCUGGCUGAUGAACGAGGCUGAAGUCAAGGAAUUAAGUGCUAAACUGAUGGAGCAGGAUCGCAUCAUUUCAGAACAGCAACUUGGAUUACCAUGGCAACCACCUACUGAUGCUUCCUUCAUGGAGAAUGUGGGACCAUUAACAACUGAGAAGAGCAAGAAGAAACCAAUCUCUGCUCAUGAGGUCCUGAUGGAGGUCAUGUCAGAUGGAAGCCAUGUUGAAGGAGGUAGUUUACAAGGAUCAGAGAGAGGUGGUGAUGGAGAAGAGGAAGGAUCCCCCAGGGAGAGAUUGGAGGGUGGUGAAGAGGAAGAGGCUAGGAGACUAUCAGUCCAGACAGUCAAACAGAUCCUGGAGCUCAUAUGCGAUGAGUCGGGUUUCUUGGUAGAGGCUAAACUGAACAAGUUACUUGCCCCUCUGGAGAAAGAUGAACGCUGCCUUAUGAAGUUAGAUGCCAUCUUUGCUGCCUUGGGUAUAGAAACUGAAGAUGACAUCCAUAAGUUAGCUGGAUACUUUUUACAAGCCAUGCAUAACAAGGAUCAGGACCAAUUACCAGAGAAUACAGAGGACAUUGCUCAGGGAGACAAUCUAACAGAUGAUCAGCAAGAUGGCCAAGAAGGUCCGCUUCAGGACCCUGUCGAUGCUGAGGUAGCCGGCAUUACAGGUAGCUCAGAGCGAGGCCAGGACCAGAGUGAGAUGGGGUCAGUCCGGUCUACCAAGUCCAAUUCUUUAGAUCUCAUCCAUCCCAAUGAUGCCCUCAGUGCACUCAGGAUGUUUGUCGAGGAGAACAGGAAACCAACCAAGGAGAAAGUAAAAUAUCAGACAUUCCGUAUCAUCUCGGGAGAAGAUAGAGAUUCAAGUGAGGAUGCAGAUUACUGGAAGAUGUUUCCAUCAGUGAUAUCAGGGAAACAAGAGAAAGUUUGGACAGCUCUUAUCGAUGGAUUCGAGAAAUACAGUGAUACUCUCCAUGAGAGAGCCAAGUUGAUCACAGAGACUGAUGGUUUAAGGCAACAGAACGCAGAGCUUCGUAUGCUUCUACAUCAGUACAUCAACUCACGCGUUAAUCAAGAGUUAGAGAUCCCUCCCACUCGCAUACUCAACCUAGAAGUACCCCAGUAAUGACCAUGGAAUAGCCCUUAGAUACCUAAAUGUCUAUGGAUGGAACAGUCUAUUUUGUGAGCACAGGGAAAGCUGGGGGGGGGGGG